AUGUGUGCAAACUACACAGGCCGUUUGACAUCAGAAUGUGUUGAAAAGUACUACCGGACCUUCGUGACGAGAUCGGUGCCGCCCAGGAACUACAAGUACUUCCACGAGCUGACUCCUGAAGAUGUGGAAGAUCAGAAUGACUAUACUGAAAUCGCUUACCGGAUAGUGGGGGGGAAGCAGAUAUCAAUUGAACAAGCCCCGUAUCAGGUUUUGUACGGGAAGUUCUGCGGAGGCACCCUCAUUGCCCCGGAGUGGGUCAUCACAGCUGCUCAUUGCCAAGAGAAGGAAGAUUUUGUCUACCUCGGCUCAACCUACCGCUCACAGGCCAUCCCCUACAGGAUCUGCGCUCACUUCACUCAUCCCCUACACACAAGUAGUCCGAACUCAGCUCACUCCCACGACUAUGAUUACCAGCUCGUAUUACUGGAGCAGCCGGUGCCGAUCACUAGGUUCAGCAGGCCCAUAGCUAUUGGUAAUGUGGACGAUGUGAGACCUGGGAACAUGAUUGCUGUCAGCGGCUGGGGGCAUGCUGUUUUUAAGCAAAGAAAGAUGGAGGACAUUCUCAGGCAAGUGUCAGUUCCAAUAAUAACGCGGGAGAAAUGUAUUCAGUCUCCUCAUUCGAUGUACCAGAACAUUACCGAGAGGAUGUUCUGUGCUGGCUAUGAAGAGGGGGCUAAGGAUUCUUGUCAGGGUGAUUCAGGUGGUCCAGCGGUGCUCAAAGGCAAAAUAGUCGGCUUAGUGUCAUUUGGUGUCGGCUGCGCGCUGAAAGAAUUUCCAGGGGUGUACACCAACAUACCCCUGGCCAGAAAAUGGAUCAGAUCUGUGGUGGGCUUGCCGUUGUAA